GGGGGAGCGCGGAGCGCCGCGCUGGCUCCUCGCCGGUCUCUAGGUGGUGCCAGUCCUGGGGCCUAGGCGUCUUCCCUCCCUUUAUGUUUGCGGGGGGUUUCUCCUUCCUCCGGCGCCGUCGCCGAGGCCGUCCGCGGCCGCGCAGAGUUGAAAAGCGCGGAGAGAGCGAGGCGGCGCGCACGGCCCGACCCCCGCUCCGCGAGCCGCCGGGGGAGGGGGCGGAGGAGCCGAGCCCCGCAGCCGCCCGGCGGCGACUUGAGAGUGGCGCGCGCGAGCAGCGCGGCCGCCGGCUUCCCCUUCUCCUGCGGCUUCUUCCCUCUCCCCCGGAGGCGGCGGGGAGCGGGCGCCCGAGAGGGGCAGGCGGAGCCCAGGACGCCCCCCGAGGCGGCGGGCGAGGGCGCGGGCACCGAUGGCUUCGCUGUACCAGAGGUUCACGGGCAAGAUCAACACCUCGCGCUCCUUCCCGGCGCCCCCGGAGGCCAGCCGCCUGCUGGGCGCCCAGGGGCCGGAGGAGGACGGCGCGGGGCCCAAGCCCCUCGGAGCCCCGGCGCCCGCGGCGGCGGCCCGGGAGCGCGGCGGCGGCGGCGGCGGCGCGGGUGGCCGGCCCCGGUUCCAGUACCAGGCGCGGAGCGACGGUGACGACGAGGACGAGCUGGUGGGGAGCAAUCCUCCCCAAAGAAACUGGAAAGGAAUAGCAAUUGCUCUCCUCGUGAUUCUGGUCAUCUGCUCCUUGAUCGUCACCUCGGUCAUACUGCUGACACCAGCGGAAGAUAACAGUCUGUCUCAAAAGAAGAAGGUCACAGUGGAAGAUCUCUUCAGCGAUGAUUUCAAAAUUCACGACCCUGAGGCUAAGUGGAUAAGUGAUAAAGAAUUCAUCUACAGAGAACAGAAAGGAAGUGUGAUACUGCGGAAUGUUGAAACAAAUAUUUCUACAGUGUUAAUUGAAGGCAAAAAAAUUGAAUCAUUAAGAGCCAUCCGAUAUGAAAUAUCGCCAGAUAAGGAGUACGCUCUGUUUUCAUACAAUGUGGAGCCAAUAUACCAACACUCCUACACCGGAUAUUAUGUCCUGAGCAAAAUUCCUCAUGGGGACCCUCAAAGUCUGGACCCACCGGAAGUGAGCAAUGCGAAACUUCAAUAUGCAGGCUGGGGUCCGAAAGGCCAGCAGCUGAUAUUCAUCUUCGAAAACAAUAUCUACUACUGUGCGCACGUCGGAAAGCAGGCCAUCCGAGUGGUGUCGACCGGGAAGGAAGGCGUGAUUUACAACGGACUCAGCGACUGGCUCUAUGAAGAGGAGAUUCUGAAGACGCACAUUGCUCACUGGUGGUCUCCAGAUGGCACGAGGCUCGCCUACGCCACCAUCAACGACUCCCGCGUGCCUGUCAUGGAGCUCCCAACCUACACCGGCUCCAUCUACCCCACGGUGAAGCCCUACCACUACCCCAAGGCCGGAUGCGAAAACCCCAGCAUUUCCCUCCACGUCAUUGGCUUAAACGGACCCACGCACGAUCUGGAGAUGAUGCCGCCCGACGAUCCACGGAUGAGGGAGUACUACAUCACCAUGGUGAAGUGGGCCACCAGCACCAAGGUCGCCGUCAACUGGCUGAACCGCGCGCAGAACGUGUCCAUCCUUACCCUCUGCGACGCCACCACUGGGGUCUGCACAAAGAAACAUGAGGAUGAAAGCGAAGCCUGGCUCCACAGACAGAAUGAAGAGCCGGUAUUCUCCAAGGACGGCCGAAAGUUCUUCUUUGUGCGAGCCAUCCCGCAGGGGGGACAAGGAAAAUUCUAUCACAUCACCGUGUCGUCGUCCCAGCCCAACAGUAGCAAUGACAACAUACAGUCCAUCACCUCCGGAGACUGGGACGUGACCAAGAUCCUGUCCUACGACGAGAAGCGGAAUAAGAUCUACUUCCUGAGCACGGAGGACCUGCCCCGGAGGAGGCAGCUCUACAGCGCCAGCACAGUGGGCACCUUCAACAGGCAGUGCCUGUCCUGCGACCUGGUGGAGAACUGCACGUACUUCAGCGCGUCCUUUAGCCACAGCGCCGACUUCUUCCUGCUCAAGUGCGAAGGUCCUGGAGUCCCCACGGUGACAGUGCACAACACGACCGAUAAGAGAAAAAUGUUUGAUCUAGAAACAAAUGAGCGUGUACAGAAGGCCGUGCGUGACCGACAGAUGCCCAAAGUGGAAUACAGGAAGGUCGAGGUUGAUGAUUACAACUUGCCCGUCCAGAUCCUCAAGCCGGCGACCUUCACCGACACCGCCCACUACCCCUUGCUGCUGGUGGUGGACGGCGCCCCGGGCAGCCAGAGCGUGGCCGAGAAGUUUGCGGUGACCUGGGAGACGGUGCUGGUGAGCAGCCAUGGCGCCGUGGUUGUCAAGUGCGACGGCCGCGGUAGCGGCUUCCAGGGGACCAAGCUCCUGCACGAGGUGGGGCGGAGGCUGGGCGCCCUGGAGGAGAAGGACCAGAUGGAGGCCGUGCGGAUGAUGCUGAAGGAGCAGUACAUUGACAAGACGCGCGUGGCCGUGUUCGGGAAGGACUACGGCGGGUAUCUGAGCACCUACAUCCUCCCUGCGAAGGGGGAAAACCAGGCUCAGGUGUUCACCUGUGGCUCUGCUCUCUCUCCAAUCACAGACUUCAAGCUCUACGCGUCUGCAUUUUCCGAGAGGUACUUGGGUCUGCAUGGACUUGACAACAGGGCGUACGAGAUGACCAAGGUGGCGCACCGCGUGCCGGCCCUGGAGGGACAGCAGUUUCUGAUCAUUCACGCAACCGCGGAUGAAAAAAUCCAUUUCCAGCACACAGCAGAACUCAUCACGCAGCUGAUUAAGGGGAAGGCUAAUUACAGCUUACAGAUCUACCCGGACGAGAGCCAUUACUUCCACAGUGCCUCCCUGCACCAGCACCUGUACCGAUCCAUCAUCGGCUUCUUCGUGGAAUGCUUCCGGAUUCAGGACAAGCCGCCCGCGGCCACCGCGAAAGAGGAGGAGGAGGAGGACUGAGCUGGAGCCAGCCCCGAGCGCUGCGGGAGGGGAGCUCCUCCUGACAGUGUGCAGCCGGGACCGCCUCCCUCGCCGCAGGGGCAGGGCCGGGGCAAGAAGGGUGACUUCCCACAGCAUGUGUCUUGCGUCCCGAAGGCACUUUUGCUCCGGAAACCGGCUCCUUCCCAGGCCGAGACGUGUCACCGCUCACCAAGACUCCCCCGCGCCUGGAACCACAGCCUCGCCUCCUCCCGGCCCCAGAGUGACCGGUGCAUCCCACGGCCUCUCCCCAGGGAACGGAGCAAAGCAUGGACGGCAGAGAAGAAACCGGCGCUCCAGUCCCCGCUGAGAAGCAGGAGCGCGCAGACCCGCCCCUGCUCGCCAGCCGCGCCCCUGUCCGCAGCUCUCCUCCCGCCCCCUGUCACUGCGCCACGGACACACUAUAGCACAAUGACCGUAACCGUACUUGUCCAUAGAUUGGCUUUGCUCCUUCCUGUAAUUAGGAGACCCGGUAUUUUAAGGGGCUGCACACAGUGUUACUGUAGCUAAUGCUAGUGGUUAAGCUUAUGGAAUUAAUUCCUAUUUUUCUAUGGUUUAUACCUGACACUGUCUCCGGUCCUGGGGUUGUUUUGCUGUGCUCGCUUGCUUUCUUGCUUUCUUCCUUUUCUCUUCGUUCUUUCUUGCUUUCUUUUUUCUUUCUUUUUUUUUUCCUUUUUUGUUUCGUUUUCUUUUCUUUGUUUGGCUUUGUUUGGCUUUGUGUUCUUUAGUCCAUGUGUAGGCUUUGCGCUCAUCUGGAUAAAGAAACAGAUCAGAAGUAACUAACUGCUGUCUCCUCGAGACUGUCUUGAGACUUCGUGGAGAAAUUUCAAAAA